GAAGAUAUCCUACUGGUUGUUUUAAUUGAUCUAUUUUCAUAAUUAAUGUACACUGAUAGAUUUGCUGGGAGCUGCGUGGUCAGCGUUUGGUCUAAGUUAAUCAUUUCCCAGCCCCUUUAUGUCACACCAGUCUGUAGAUAGGUUUAAUACUGCCCCACACAUCAUUGAACCAAACCAGGGCUGUGUGUGUGUUUGUGUGUGAUGUGAUUCUAAGAGAUGAAUGCUUUAAUCCUCCUCAUCCUGCUCAUUUUGGCACAUCAGAGUGGGAGUCAGGAUACUGCAGAAGAUGAGCAUCGUAAAGGUCAGCGCUUCUUACAGUGGGCAGAUCACUAUGACUUUGCCCUUAAGUUGUCUGGCACAGAGUCACAGUGCUACUGGCACUUCGCUCGACAGGAUGGACGCUUUUACCUGACUUACAUGGUUCUGUGGGUGUCUGGGAUGAUUGCAGACCAACACGUAGCUGUGUCCCUUUUCUCUCCUAAGGGCACCCUUAUGACCUUCACUGAUGAUACUAAGGGCCAGAUGAACUUCCAAGUCAAGGAGACAGGCUUUUAUCAGAUGUGCUUUGCCAACUAUCACAACCGUUUUGGUGAAAUGCGACUCUUUCUAAACUUUGGGGUGUACUAUGAGGAGGAUGCUGAGGUCCUGAGGGAGAAUGAAAUGGAAGAAAAGAUUCUAAACAGCACUCUGUCCAACAUAAAGGGCAUUUCCAACAAGCUACGACUUCGAAUCCAGCACAUGUGGCGCUUCUAUAACGUGGCACGAAUGCGAAGAGGGGCUGACUACUACCUGCUUCAGUCCAAGUCCAACUACGUCUACACCUGGUCCAUUCUUCAAAGCAUAGUGAUCGUCAUGUCCGGAUACCUCCAGCUCUUCAUCCUCAAGAGGUUGUUUCGGACAGACAGUGACCGGCCUCGCUGCUGAGACAGAAAAAAACACCCCCCACUUACACACACACACACACACCACACCAUACCACAGCGUAUUGCUUAAGAACAAAAUAGGAAGGAAGAAAGAAAAAAUGUGUGGUCAUCGGUACUCAGUAAGCUGUGCAACAUUUUGGAACCUGUGACCAUUUUAGAUUGAAUCAUGAGCUGUAUUCUCUGACAGCUAGUUUAAAGAAAUGUUUCACCUAAUUUCUUUCUGCCCAUCUGUAGCAUGUGGUUGAUUACCACAGACAAUAGUUCUUCUGUACUUAGUAAGGAACUGAAAUUUCAUUGAAUAAAACACAGACAAAUCCAAUAAUCAUUCUGUGAUAAUCAUUUAUUUUCUGUCAUCAAAAGCCUUUUAACUUUUAACUUAACUAAAAACUUAACAUUUAAUGGGAGUCAGCAUAAAAAUAACUUAUUCCAAUUUCUAUUGGUUCUUUAUAAAACUUAAACAUAAUGCAAGGAACAAAUGACAAAUCGUCGCUGUCCAAUGAAAAACAUGUAUCUCCAAAACAGCAACUUUACAGGAGAGAGAAAAAACUAAAACUUGUCAAUAUAAUACAAAAGUCAAUAUAAAAAAAGUUUAUUUCAGGUCAGAAGUAUUUGAAGUAUUUCUAUCCAUUCAUCAAGACAUUUCGGCACAGUUUAAGUGACAGUUUGUCUGUUCAUUUUGUUUUUAUUGGACAGUGAUGAAAUACACAAUAUGUCACAAACCAUUAUCACCACUAUUCUUCAGUAGCAGAUAGAGGGACUAACUAAAAUGGAUUGAUGGUUGAGUAUUUUAACAUAAAAUGUAUCUGUUUCAGAUGACUAUAGCACACAUGACUAUAGCACACAUAUGUACGAUCAACUUUUAAUCCUUAAAUUCAUAAAAGAAAAGUGAGCUGUGAUUACAUUUGAAAUGAAGCUGUACCCAGUAAGCUUGAUACAAUCUACAGAGUGGACCAACCCUUUUUUUCAAUAACAUAUACAGACUUGCAAUGUUUGGGGGGG